AUGGACAUCGUGGUCAAUAUAUCUGAUCACGAUGACGACGAGGAUAUCUUUAGUGCUGAUGAUGAGGAGGAGACGAUGAAGGGUGAGGUUGCCGUGGUGGCGGGCUCGGGCUCAUCCUCUGGCGAUCGUGUGCCGGUUAUCGCUCCUGCGGUGGAUGAGGUUCCGGAAGCUGAGACCGGGAUGCUUACUGCCCUGCCCCAGUACAAUGAUAUUUCUGUCACUUUUGACACCCUGAGACCUGAGUCCAGAAUUAUCCUAUUAGACGAGAUAGCUAGUCUAGAUCUAGAUGCUGCUUCGGAAUACCUCCUGAUGAACAGGAAGUGGGAUAUUGAGAAGGGUCAUGUAGAAAAUCUUCUUCAGCGUGUAACCAACAAGGAUGGAAAGAUAGAUCGCCUUCAGGAGGAAAUCGAUCGAUUGAAGGGGGAUUUGGAACGAUGUCAGAGAUUUGAGUAUGUGCCCGAUGAGAUGGAUCAACUACGGGCCCAUCUGGGUAAGUUUCAGAAAAUCGCUGCUGACAAAACGUUGUUGGCCGAUAAUCUGGAAAGUCAGACUCAUUCACUGAGGCUUCAAAUUCGGGAUUUACGUGUGGAUCGACAACGGCUUUUGAAGGAGAAGGCUGAAGUUGAGCAGGCAAAUCAGAAAUUGUGUGAUAAGGUCGGGCGUUUCGAAAAGGUAACCCAAGAUUUAUAUUGGACACAAGCCCAGUUGUCGACCCUUCAGAUAUCUCAUGAUCGUCAAAAGUCCGACUGGAGUGACCACAAGAAGUAUUGCCCCAGCAAUGAAUUCAAUGAACAACAUUAUAAUAAACUGACUAUGAAACUUUCGAAGGCGGAGGAUGAGCUAACUAAGUCAGUGGAGUCGCUACAGAUGGUUCUACCCGCCCUUUCAGCUGAACAAGGCCGAGUCCGAAGCCUGGAGCUGGAAAUCGAGGAGCUGAAGAAGAACAAGACUGGUCUUAAGGUGAGAGCCACUGCUGCCGAGCAAGAGGUCGUGAAGCUUAAGGAGCAUAUUGUUACUGCCGAGGCGGCUUCUCAGCAGCUGUGCCGACAGAUCAGUGAGGAGAGAGUUGCCCAUCAAACCGAGAUUGCUGAAAGGGUUACCGCUGGUGUUAAUCAGUACAUUGAGAAGAAACGCCAGGAUAUCGCUAUGAAGAAGGGAGGGUCCAAAGCUACUCCCCCUCAAGAGUGAUGUUGUUUUUAGUAGUGCUGCGCCACUCAUUUGCCCCUAGUAUCGGGAUGUAAUUCGCUUAAACACUUUGACCCGUCUGUUUUAUAUCCUUUGUUUGAUGGGGUGUUGCGUCGCCGUGUUCAUGGUUGCUUUCUUUUCUUGACACUUCACAAUUUUCUUUCUGUUCUUUACAUUUCGCAAUUCCCAUUUUCAUUGGGGUAUGUUGGUUUAUUGUACGUUGUUUAUUUCCAAAUUCCUCUCGA